AUAUUAUAUGUAAUGAUGGCACAGUGCAAUGAGCUUUAUAAACAGAAGGAUUAUAAACAUCAAACACCCCUCCUUACUUGCUCUCAGCUCUCAAGUGUAUGAGAGAGAAAUAGGCUGAUAAGAGUCAAAAUAGCAAAGAGAGCUAGAGAGAGAGAGAGAGAGAGACCCAAGCAAUUAAAAAGCUUUCAUCAUAAUAACAUAAGAGAACUUUGAAGAGUCUAAGAAAAAGUUUGAAAAGCCUUUGUUGCAGAAAGCUUAAAAGAACUUUUUCUCUCCCUAUAUCUAUAUCUCUCUUUAUUACCCUUCCUCAUCUUUGUAAAGCUGAACCUCCCACUAUCUUCAAAUUUUCUACUUCUUCUUUUCUUUUCUUUUGGGGUCUUUGGGUCUUGUUGUUUCAUCAAAUCAAUCUCUAGUAUCCAAAUACAAUAAAGUCAAAAAAGAGAGAGAUCAAGAAAAGUAGAGUUAUUGAUGAGAACAUAUCAAGUCAUGUUGUCCAACAAGAACACUAACACAUGUUGUGUGGUUUCUUCUUCUUCUUCUGAUCCUUUCCUCUCUUCUUCAGAAAAUGGGGUCACCACCACAAACACAUCCACUCAGAAGAGGAAAAGAAGACCUGCAGGUACACCAGAUCCAGAUGCAGAAGUUGUGUCUUUAUCACCAAGAACUCUUCUUGAAUCAGACAGAUACAUAUGUGAGAUCUGUAACCAAGGGUUUCAAAGAGACCAGAAUCUUCAGAUGCAUAGAAGACGUCACAAAGUUCCAUGGAAGCUUCUUAAAAGAGACAACAACAUAGAGGUGAAGAAACGAGUCUAUGUUUGCCCUGAACCAACUUGCCUUCACCAUGAUCCUUGCCAUGCUCUCGGAGAUCUUGUUGGUAUCAAAAAACAUUUCAGAAGAAAGCACAGUAACCAUAAGCAAUGGGUUUGUGAGAGAUGCUCUAAAGGUUAUGCUGUUCAAUCAGAUUACAAAGCUCAUCUCAAAACUUGUGGCACUAGAGGACAUUCUUGUGACUGUGGUCGCGUCUUCUCCAGGGUGGAGAGUUUUAUUGAGCAUCAAGAUAACUGUUCCGUACGGAGAGUUCACCGUGAACAGCCUCUACCGCCACAAACCGCAGUACCAGUCCCGGCCUGCUCCUCUAGAACCGCUUCAACCAUCAGUACUCCGUCUAGUGAAACCAAUUACGGCGGUGCAAUUGCUGUUGCGACUCCUAUACCUCUAGAAGGCCGUCCAAUUCAUCAGAGAAUCUCACCUUCAGUUCUCACUCACUCAUCAAAUAAUCUCAACCUCGAACUCCAGCUUCUUCCAUUAUCGUCGAAUCAAAACCCUAACCAUCAAGAAAACCAACAACAAAAAGUUAAAGAACCAUCUCAUCAUCAUAAUCAUAAUCAUGAUGCUACAAACUUAAACCUCUCCAUUGCACCAUCAUCAUCAUCAUAUCAACAUUACAAUAACUUUGAUCGUAUAAAAGAGAUAAUGGCAAGCGAGCAAAUCAUGAAGAUAGCGAUGAAGGAGAAAGCUUAUGCGGAGGAAGCUAAAAGAGAAGCGAAGAGGCAACGAGAGAUAGCGGAAAACGAAUUUGCGAAUGCUAAGAAGAUUAGGCAAAAGGCACAAGCUGAGCUUGAGAGAGCUAAGUUUUUAAAGGAACAAUCUAUGAAGAAAAUAAGCUCAACGAUCAUGCAAGUCACUUGUCAAACAUGUAAAGGACAGUUUCAAGCAGUUGCGGUUCCGGCGGCUGCGGCUGACGAGACAUCUCUUGUGGUCAGUUACAUGUCUUCAGCCAAUACCGACGGAGACUUUGAAAAUGGAUUUUAAGUAAAUCACAAAAGUACAAAGUUCAUUUUAAAUUAAAGUUUUACUUUUUUUUUUUAAUAUUUUUGUGUAUUAACUACACGGUUGUAUUUAUUUUUUUCAACUACGUACGUACCAU